CCUCGUCGGCUCCUCGGUACUAGUCCGGCUAUUGUUGUGUGUCUUUCAGGGCGACCCUGACCCAUCAGCAGGCGGUGAUUUCUGGAUAUUUUAACACUUCUGCCUGGCUCUCACUCCGCCAUAUUAACCAGGCUUUGUGUGGCGGCGGUGUGUCCUCGUUUUUAAGGAAUAUAAAGGAUCCCAGCGGAGGACUUUGGGCUGGUGAAGUAGUCAGUCGGUAUGGGACAGACGGAAGACUGAGAUUCCACGUUAGAGACUUGAGCUGGUGUCGGCUGUUUCCACUUCUUUGGGCUGUCGACGUGAGAUAAAAAACGUGGAGGAAAUAAAAGGAAAGCUCACAGGACGCAUGUAGCCGAAGUAUUACUCUGCAAAGGUCGCUUAUAAGGCUUGACGAUGGGUUGCGUCAGGAGUAAAGAGGACAAGGGCCCGGCGUUGAAGUACCGACCCGACAACUCAAAUGCCACGCCAGUCAACGCCCACCUGGGCCAUUACGGGCCCGACCCCACCCUGAUGGGUCAGUCACCAGCUAUGAAGACACACAACAACAGCUACAACAGUCACGCUGCUGCCCUCACACCGUUUGGCGGAGCGUCUUCGGUCAUGACGCCCUUUGGUGGGGCCUCCACCUCCUUCACCUCGGUGGCUGUGAGCAGUCCCUUCCCUAGUGUCAUCACAGGCGGUGUAACAUUUUUCGUAGCACUGUACGAUUAUGAAGCAAGGACGUCAGAUGAUUUGUCAUUCAAAAAAGGGGAUCGCUUCCAGAUCAUCAACAACACGGAAGGCGACUGGUGGGAGGCUCGCUCCAUCAACACCGGACAGAAAGGCUACAUCCCCAGUAACUACGUGGCUCCAGCCGACUCCAUACAGGCUGAAGAAUGGUACUUUGGUAAAAUGGGCCGCAAAGAUGCAGAGCGCCUCUUACUACUUCCAGGGAACCAGCGGGGCACUUUCUUGGCACGGGAGAGUGAGACGACCAAAGGUGCCUACUCCCUGUCUAUCCGGGACUGGGAUGAGGUGAAGGGAGACAACGUCAAACACUACAAGAUCCGAAAGCUGGACAACGGUGGUUAUUACAUUACCACACGGGCCCAGUUUGAGACACUACAGAAGCUUGUGAAACACUACACAGAACAUGCAGAUGGACUGUGCUACAAGCUGACAACUGUGUGCCCCACAGUGAAGCCUCAGACUCAGGGACUAGCUAAGGAUGCUUGGGAAAUCCCACGAGAGUCCCUCCGACUGGAGGUCAAACUGGGCCAGGGCUGCUUCGGAGAAGUCUGGAUGGGCACAUGGAAUGGCACUACUAAAGUGGCUAUCAAGACCCUGAAGCCGGGCACCAUGUCCCCAGAGGCCUUCCUGCAGGAGGCUCAGAUCAUGAAGAAACUCCGACACGACAAACUGGUGCCUCUCUAUGCCGUGGUGUCUGAGGAGCCCAUCUACAUUGUAACAGAAUUCAUGGGCAAAGGUAGUUUACUGGACUUCCUGAAGGAGGGAGACGGUAAAUAUCUGAAGCUGCCCCAGCUGGUGGACAUGGCUGCACAGAUCGCAGACGGCAUGGCCUUCAUUGAGAGGAUGAACUACAUCCACAGGGACCUGAGAGCCGCCAACAUCCUGGUGGCUGAUAACUUGGUGUGUAAGAUCGCCGACUUUGGCCUGGCUCGGCUCAUCGAGGACAACGAGUACACCGCCAGACAAGGUGCUAAAUUCCCCAUCAAGUGGACGGCCCCUGAAGCUGCUCUGUACGGCCGCUUCACUAUCAAAUCAGACGUCUGGUCAUUUGGUAUACUACUGACUGAACUAGUGACCAAGGGCAGAGUACCAUACCCAGGUAUGGUGAAUCGAGAGGUACUCGAGCAGGUAGAACGAGGCUACCGCAUGCCCUGCCCCCAGGGGUGCCCCGAGUCCCUCCACGAGAUGAUGAGGCAGUGCUGGAAGAAGGAUCCAGACGAAAGGCCGACCUUCGAAUACAUCCAGUCCUUUUUGGAAGACUACUUCACAGCCACAGAGCCACAGUACCAGCCAGGGGACAACCUCUAGUCUGGGGGAUUUGGGGGGCGAACUCUGGCAUCACACAGAGGUACAUCAGCGGAGAGCAAAGCUUGGGACAACAGAGGACUUCAACAUGGGGAAAAGCCUUGACGAGGCUGCAGAGAAAGAGGUUUUAAUGCUACAAACUAGUCUACAACCACACUGGUAUAUCUGCAAGAAGAAAUUGUUUUCUGAUGUAGAGGUUUGUCCCUUGUGUUCGAGGGGACCAAAUGUUUGGGGAAGUGUCCAACUGUGCAGAUUGGUGCUGGUACGUUAAGCUCUGGGAACCUUGCUAAUCAGAAUAAUUCAUAUGGACUGGCCACAACACUGUGAUUAAAAAAAAAAGAGAGAGAGAGGGAUUGUCUUCUAGUUUCAAAUCAACGGCUGCUUGCAGAUGCACCAUUUUUUUUACUUUUUUUAAAUGAUACAUUUCCUCCCUUUUCUCCAAAUCCCCCCCUUUUAUUUUAUUUUAUUUUAUUUUACAAUACAAUUCUUUGAUAUUGGAGUCAAGAUCUUUUGUAUGUACAUGAGUUUGGUUUGAAUACGUAGGUUGAUAGGUGAUUUUUGAAGUGACCAACAGCUGUGGUUGAGUUGUCAAGUGUGCAGCAUCUGUAAAGCUUCGAUGGAGGUGUGAGGCGAAGCAAAUGAGAAGUGUUGUACUUUACAGAUGAAAGAAUGUACCAAGAGAUCAAAGCAGAUGUACAUACAGUAUGUGCAAACAGAUGUAUUUUUAGCAGGUGUGAUCAGGUGGGUGAAUGAGAACAUGAGAAGACCUACAAAUUGUAUUUAGUGCGGUCACUUGAAUGGGGAAUCACGUCGAUUUUAUUGUGCUUUUGCAUUUUUUUAUUUAAACGGGGACUUAAAAUCAUAAAGAGGUAUUUUGAUAAUAUACAAGUGCGAAAACAUUUUUCCUGUUUAACAUUUUAUAAAUGUUUUGAAAUGGACGUUUGAGCUGUGAAAUUUAAGUUUAAGGUAAUUUCUGUCUGAAAUUAGCAUCUUGUCUUCAUUUCUGAUUGCUGUAAAAGACUCUAACGUAUUUGUACGUAUGUUGCACACAUCUACACAGUUUAACAUCACAGUAGGUGACUUAUCCCGUCAUAGAUGGUCCAGGAAACUGUCACAUCUAUUAAACUGACAUCAUCGUGUAAAUCAUACAUGCAGCUGUUUUGUUCUUUGAGUAAAAUCCCUCAAAACUCUUGAUUAACACUGUCAGUGUCUUUAGUUCUGUGUCUGCUGGAGGGAAAGUUUAAUCCAAAGCCAACAACACAAAACACAUUCUUUAAUUUGUGAAUGCAACUAUGCAAAGUCAACCAGUGUUGUUUCAUGGAACAAAAACUCUACAGUGGUAUUUACCUGUGUCGAGCUCCCCUUUAUGGUUUUCUUACUUCUAGAGUGAAGUAAGUAGAACCUGACAAAACAAACACCUUGCACACGCUGUGGUCAGGUCAGGGCUUUCGUGCUUUUAUAGAUAUCAAGAAAAGUCAAAUAACAACUUCUUUGAGAUACUUCCACUGUCUGUCCAGCAGUAUGAUGGGAUAAUCUGAGAUGUAAAGGCAUCUUGUUAUUGUCUUUUAAUAAGUAAGCUUAGGGAUUGGACAAAGAUGUGAACGUUGUUUUGUAUUUCUUUCUGUGCGUCACUCACAAGAACCUAAUAUGUGAUUGUUCCUAAAGAUGGGACUUGAACUAGUGGGGAGAUGAUAAUGAAAUUACUGAGAAUGGUAACUAAUAUGAUUUUGUACAGAAAAAAAUAAAAGUUUUACUCAAA